GUAAUUAUUUAACGCGGAGUGACUUCACAGUAAACAUGGCUGCGCCCACAGGACCGGGAGGAACGUCAGGUUCAAGUCCUCCCGGGUUUGAAGGUUUCCCGUUUCCAGUGAGUGACAGAUCUCCGGGGGGAAGCUCCGGUAAAGCGCAGGAACAGGAGCAGGUCGGCGGAGUGAAGAAGAAGCCGUGUAGAGUGUGUACAGACUUUAAAUCGUGGAUGAAACUCCAAAAGAAACAGACGACAACUGCUGCACAGAACGUCCCGGUUACAGAGUCAGAGCCAGAGUGUCCCCUGGACCGAGAAGAGCUGGGACGUAACACCUGGUCCUUCCUGCACACUAUGGCUGCAUAUUAUCCCGACCAACCAUCGUCCACCCAGCAGCAGGAGAUGGGACACUUCAUCAACCUCUUCUCCAAAUUCUUCCCAUGCGACGAAUGUGCAGAAGAUCUCAGAGGAAGAUUAAAGACCAAUCAGCCAGACACCGGCAGUCGCCACAGUCUCUCCCAGUGGUUCUGUCGUCUCCAUAACGACAUCAACCUUAGACUGGGGAAGCCAGAGUUUGACUGCUCACGUGUAGACGAGCGGUGGAGAGAUGGCUGGAAAGAUGGUUCCUGUGAUUAAUGGAUGGUUUCCAGAAGACGAAAGACUGAGUCAUGGAGUUCUUACCAGCAGUGGCCGCCACAGCCCUGAGAUGUUGAGAUCAUGUUGAUCAAUGAACGCUUUGUUGCUGAGAAGACCAUAACAAGAUGCAGGAACACACUUUACUACUUGACUAUCUGUUAAUUACUGUGCUGUGAUAAAUCUCAUACUAUUUUGGUCAAUACUUGUCAAUUAUAAUUAUCAAUUAUCAUUGGUUGUUUGUUUUCUUUCUGUUGUCAUUCUUAAAUGUAAGUCUUGUUUAAUUAUUCUGUCAUCACAAUACAAAAUAAACAUUAUAUUUUCAUGUUGAAA